AUGCUCGAAAGAGUGAUUGGCCGUCUGACUGGGGCAUUGAGAGAGACAAAAAGCUAUCAAAUCUCGAAAGGGUCAAAUCAACCGAGAUUGAUUGUGAGCUUCCUCCAGAAACCCAAAAUUGAAGUCUACUCUACCAUUAGCUCUUCGCGCCUAAAUUGGAAGCAAAAGAUGAAAACAAACUCUUCUAGUAUAUCUCUGAUAUCAUUCUUGAUCUCAAUCCUUGUGUCGUCGCUCUUGUCUCUUCAUUGCGAGAAUGAUCUGCAUCUCUUGGCGGAUAUGGUCUAUUCUGAACUCCCCAAAGGGCCUGAGCACCUACACACAGGAGAAGGUUCUGGCAUGUCUGCAGUAGCCACACAGACCUCAAUUCUACAAAAAGGGCUUCAUACCACUAAGGUCUUGGGGUUAGAACGCCUUCGAGAGAUGGCAAACUUCACUCCAGAACAUAUAUCUUUAGUACCCACUCCAACUCUACAAAAAGGACUUCAUCCCACCAAGGUUUUAGGGUUAGAACGCCUUCGUGAGUUGAAAAACUUAACUCCAGAAAGUGUAGGAGCUCGAAGUUGGAAGGUUUACUAUCGGGUCGCUCCCAGAGCAUCUUCGGCACCUGGACAGAUCCCCGAGAUCAAGAAUCUGGCACAGGCGGUCAUGGAAUUAGGGAAAGAUUUCACUUCAACGAUUUACACUGAUGACGGGAUAGCAGAAUACAUAGUGCCAUAUAUGACUCUUGCUUAUAAUACUCUGCAGCUAGAUUCAUUGGGAAUGAGGGAAAGGAUCUGGGCCGUGGGAGUUCUGGCGUGCCUCAAAUGGUCCAUUCCAGCGCAACAAAGCAUCAUGAAGUCCGAAGUCUUCAAACGCACAUUUCCUCCCUUUGGUUUUCGAGGGAAUUUGGAAGUUUUCCUUUUGAAAGACCAGCCUCUGAGAAAGAUAGUGAAGCAAAUGUGGGAAGGUAUCGAGGAGAACCCAUCAGACCAUGCCGUUAUCAAGGAAGCACUCCAAAGAUCAUCACUAGCAGAUUCGUUGAUGACCCAGUUGCCAAAGAAUCUGGAACUAUUUAAAGAAUUUCGAUGGAUCCUAAAAUUUUUUCUCAACUUGAAAAAUCCAAUUGAGUUCCGCAAUGCUGAUUACUUUAUAGAAGAUAUUGAACGUCGACUAGGUGACUUCGACUUCAUCGAUCCUUGGAAGAAGGUUGCUGGCUUUGAUGAAGCAAAAGCCUUGAUUCAACUCUUAUUAUAUAUGCAUGAAAGGUACAUCCGUAGCAGAGAGACGUUUCUACGAUUAACCAAAGCUUGUAACCUUGGUAAAAGCGUCCUUGAUUUUCACAUUCAAGUUUAUUUUGGCUACUACCCACAAAGGUACUCGACAAGGAAAAUAUACAAAUUUAUGAUGGCAGAACGUGGCAGCAAUUUUGAGGACUUGAUGCCAUUAUUGAAAGUCUUGGCCCAGGAAGGCCUGUUGAUUCCUAUGUUAUCUGAAAUGUCACUCUUGCCGUAA